AAUUUAGAGAAAGGAGAGUCGAGGACAGAAGAAAAAGAAACAUAAACUUCUUCUCGGAAUCAAGAAAGAGGGACCAGAAAUGGCGUGCAGGACUGCGUUGCGUUCCGCUCUGUUAAUAGAAGCGUGUCGACCCGUUCAUCUCACUCGGAGCUCCGCCUCCGCUUCAUUCAGGACCCGCGGGUUCCCCUCUCCCAGGCUGAGUGGGCAGUUCAGGACCCGGGGUUUCCACUUCGCCAAACGGACUCACCUCAACUGCUCCCACAACGAAAACGCGUCGUCUUUGUCUGAGGACGAACAAGGCCCGCCCCAAGAGGCCGUUUUGAAAGCAAUUUCAGAGGUGUCUAAAACGGAAGGGAGAGUUGGGCAAACCACGAAUGUGGUGAUUGGAGGUACGGUGACAGAUGAUUCUACGAAUGAAUGGCUCGCCUUGGAUCAGAAGGUAAAUUCGUACCCAACUGUUAGAGGGUUUACAGCGAUUGGAACUGGAGGGGAUGAUUUUGUGCAAGCUAUGGUUGUUGCUGUCGAAUCCGUAAUUCAACAACCUGUUCCUGAGGGUCAUGUGAGGCAGAAGGUAUCAUCAAGGGGCAAAUAUGUAUCUGUAAACAUUGGACCUGUUCAAGUCAUUUCUAGUGAACAGGUCCAAGCUGUGUACAACGCCAUGAGAAGAGAUGAUCGGAUGAAAUACUUUUUGUAGCUUGAUACUCCCAUUUUGUUUGUACUUUUGUACAGAGUGCCAAUUUUCUAGAGCCAGAGUCCCACUGUUGCCAUCCAAUUUAGUCUGGUUUGUGCUCUUUUGGAUUUCGGCUAAUUCAUGAUGUUAAUGGGCUGAGCAGUCUGUGGCAAUGCUGGUUCAAAGUCUAUCCAUCUGCUUGCUCGGAAUGUUUUAGGUAUAAUUCAGAAAGUAGGCAGGCAUUUAUCAGUCUGUAUUAUUCUAAUGUCAAUUUUAUGCUUUUAUUAUAAUAUGUUACUGAUUUUUAUGGAA